AUGUCUCGUGCACGUACUUCAAAAGAUAUUUGGUUGGCAAGGAAUUUGGAUAGAUUUGAUGAACUUUUACAUAACUAUCCAAAAUUACCGAAAAAGCCGUUGACAGAAAGAAGGUUAGUGUAUAG